CCACAGCAAAGACAGAUAGAGGGGAGGAAGCAGAAGAGGUAUGUGCCCGGGUAUUGCACCUUGUGGGAUAGAAGGAAGGAGGGAGAUGAAAGAGGACAGAGGUAUGUGCGAGGAACUGUAUCCAGCUGGGGAGAAAGAGAUAUGGACCGGUCAUAACGGAAGACUCUCUCUUGACUAGUCGAAGGAGUUGGCACUCGAAUCCCAUCCAAGCCUACCCCAUUGGACUUCACGUGAGGGAGUAUCUAAACUGCAAUAAUAGACCCCUACCUGGGGGGGGGUUUAAGGUCCCCAAUAUUUGCUGCGGUUCCCCAAGUUUUUAACCAGGAUGGCUCAAGCUGCCAAGCAACUUAAGAAGAUCAAAGAUGUUGAAGCACAGGCUCAGGCGGAGCAGAAAGAAAAGGAGGAAUCCGCGGCGAAGAAAAGAAGUCGAUCCCGUGACCGUAAGAAAAAGGCUGAUGCAGCGACCAGCUUCCUGCGAGCUGCCAGGGCUGGAAACCUGGAUAAAGCGCUGGAACAUCUUAGGAAUGGAGUGGACAUAAAUACGUGCAACCAGAAUGGGCUGAAUGCUUUGCAUCUAUCCAGUAAAGAAGGACACCUCAAAAUGGUCAGCGAGCUGCUACACAAAGAAAUUGUCCUGGAGACCACCACCAAGAAAGGUAACACGGCACUGCACAUUGCUGCGUUGGCCGGGCAAGAAGACGUGGUGCGUGAGCUUGUGAACUAUGGGGCCAACGUCAACAGCCAGUCACAGAAAGGCUUUACGCCCCUGUAUAUGGCAGCUCAGGAGAACCAUCUUCCCGUGGUGAAGUUCCUUUUGGAGAAUGGAGCCAACCAGAACCUUGCUACUGAGGAUGGAUUCACCCCCUUGGCCGUAGCCCUACAGCAGGGACACGAGAACGUUGUAGCUCACCUCAUCAGCUAUGGAAUGAAAGGAAAAGUCAGACUCCCUGCCCUGCACAUUGCCGCUCGAAAUGAUGACACCCGGACCGCCGCUGUUCUCCUACAGAAUGACCCCAAUGCAGAUGUCUUAUCCAAGACAGGAUUCACACCCCUGCACAUAGCGGCUCACUAUGAGAACCUUAAUGUCGCUCAGCUCCUUCUGAACCGAGGUGCAAAUGUUAAUUUCACACCUCAGAAUGGAAUCAGCGCUCUGCACAUCGCCUCUCGGCGUGGGAACGUGAUCAUGGUGCGGCUAUUAUUGGACAGAGGAGCCCAGAUAGACGCAAGAACCAAGGAUGAAUUGACCCCUCUACACUGUGCUGUGAGAAAUGGCCAUGUCCGAAUCUCAGAGAUUCUUCUGGAUCACGGAGCCCCAAUACAAGCCAAGACAAAGAACGGGCUGUCUCCCAUUCACAUGGCCUCCCAAGGAGAUCAUCUGGACUGUGUACGGCUUCUGCUCCAGUAUCAGGCUCAGAUCGAUGACAUCACGUUGGACCACCUCACUCCUCUGCACGUGGCAGCCCAUUGUGGUCACCAUCGUGUGGCAAAACUUCUCCUAGAAAAAGGAGCAAAGCCAAAUGCCCGGGCCUUGAAUGGGUUCACCCCUCUUCACAUUGCCUGCAAGAAAAGUCAUAAUAGAGUCAUGGAGCUUUUGUUGAAGUCUGGAGCCUCCAUUGAUGCCGUCACUGAGUCCGGUCUUACACCACUCCAUGUUGCUGCCUUUAUGGGACAUCUGCCCAUAGUGAGGUCACUUCUCCAGAGAGGGGCAUCACCCAAUGUCUUCAGUGUGAAAGUGGAGACCCCGUUACACAUGGCGGCACGUGCGGCACACACGGACGUGGCAGAAUUUUUACUGCAGAACAAAGCAAAAGUGAAUGCAAGAGCUAAGGACGAUCAGACCCCUCUUCACUGUGCAGCCCGCUCUGGGCAUUUGGAUAUGGUACGUUUGCUGUUAUCCAAUGGAGCUCACCCAGACCCCCCCACUACUGCAGGCCAUACACCCCUACACUUGAGUGCACGAAGUGGGCACACACAAACCGCUGAACUUCUGCUGGACAACCAAGCUGCACAUACUUCCAUGACCAAGAAAGGUUUCACGCCUCUUCAUGUGGCUGCAAAAUAUGGGAAGAUCCAGAUUGCAGAACUUCUGCUGGAGAGAGGAGCUCAUUCUAACAGCGCUGGCAAGACUGGAUUAACCCCUCUUCAUGUAGCCGUGUAUCACAAUCACCUUAACAUUGUCCGUCUUCUGCUGAAUAAGGGAGCGUCUCCACAUUGCACUGCACGGAAUGGAUACACUCCCUUACACAUGGCGGUAAAACAGCGAUCUGUCGACACAGCCCGAGCUUUGCUGCAGUUUGGUGCCACUUGUAAUGCGCAGUCCCUGCAAGGUGUCACUCCCCUCCACCUGGCUGCACAGGAGGGUCAUGUCGAUAUGGUGACAUUGCUACUAAGCAAGCAGGGAAGUGUCCACGUAGGCAAUAAGAGCUCCCUCACCCCCCUCCACCUGGCCUGUCAGGAAGGUCACCUAAAUGUAGCAGAAAUCCUGGUUUCCCAUGAUGCUGCAGUGAGCGCGGAGACACGGAUGGGGUUCUCUCCGCUUCAUGUCGCCUGUCACUACGGGAACGUCAAGAUAGUAAAGUUUCUCCUGCAGCAUCAGGCCAAUGUGAAUGCGACCACCAAGUUGGGGUUCACGCCGCUCCACCAGGCUGCCCAGCAGGGGCACACAGACAUCGUUACGCUACUAUUGAAGAACGGAGCGUGCCCGAAUCAGGCUAGCAUGAAUGGGAUCACACCGUUGGCCAUUGCCAAGCGUCUAGGAUACAUCUCUGUGACAGAUGUUCUGAGUCUGGUGACAGAUGGACCACUUACCCAGCUAGCCAACGAAAGGCACAGGAUGAGCUUCCCAGAAACUGUGGACGAGAUGCUGGAUGUGUCCGAGGAUGAAGGAACUCCCCACUUGCCUCUACAUGGAGAGGAGCCUCCAGACUUUAGGCCUCCUCCCACAGGACCGCGGGAGCCUGACGAAGAUACAGAUAUGGAGUACAAACUGGACCAGGUAGUUGGAUCCCCUGCAAUACCCAGAAUUCCCUGUGUCACUCCAGAAACAGUCAUACUCAAAAAGGAGGAAGAUGAACCGCUGUCUAGAGAAUUAGAUGAUGAAUCUCUGAUCCCCAGCAGUCCAGCCACCGAGACAUCGGACAAUAUCAGUCCUGUGGCCAGUCCUGUCCAUACAGGGUUUUUAGUCAGUUUUAUGGUAGAUGCCCGAGGUGGAUCAAUGCGUGGAAGCCGUCACAAUGGUCUGAGGGUCAUAAUCCCACCCAGGACUUGUGCUGCGCCCACGAGAAUUACAUGUCGCCUCGUGAAACCACAAAAGCUUAACUGCCCACCUCCAUUGGGUGAGGAAGAGGGUCUGACCAGCAGGAUCAUUGCUCUGGGUCCCACAGGGGCACAGUUUCUUAGCCCUGUGGUGGUAGAGAUCCCUCACUUUUCUUCCGUGGGACGUGGUGACCGAGAACUGGUAAUCCUGCGUAGUGAUAACGGGUCGGUGUGGAAGGAACAUCAGAACCGCUAUGGAAAGGAAUACUUGGAGGAGGCACUGAGUGGUAUGGAUGAAGAGUUGGAGAGUGAAGAGGAGUUAAGCAAGAAGCGCCUUUGUCGUAUCGUCACCACUGACUUUCCACUAUACUUUGUGGUUAUGUCGCGGGUAUGUCAAGAUUGUGAACUCAUUGGACCAGAAGGAGGAAUCCUUAAAAGUCAUCUCGUGCCUCAAGUUCAAGCCACCUUCCCCCCAACCGCUGUAACCAAGAAAGUGAAGUUAUCGCUGCAAGCUCAGCCCGUGCCAGAUGAUCUGGUCUCUCGGUUGCUUGGCAAUCAAGCAACAUUUGGCCCCAUUGUCACUGUGGAACCAAGACGCAGGAAAUUUCACCGGCCGAUAGGCCUGCGUAUACCUUUGCCUCCAUCCUGGAAAGAUAACCCUCGAGACAACGGAGAGGGAGAUACCACCAGCUUGAGACUCCUAUGCAGUGUAACAGGUGGAACAGCUCCCGCUCAGUGGGAAGACAUUACUGGGACAACUAAAUUAGUAUAUGCCAAUGAAUGUGCCAAUUUUACAACCAAUGUCUCAGCCAGGUUUUGGCUGUCGGACUGUCCCCGCACUGCCGAGGCGGUUUCCUUCUCCACCCAACUCUACAAGGAGCUUAGUGCUGUCCCGUAUACUGCACGAUUUGUUGUAUUUGCUAAAAUGGCAGAUGGACGGGAAGGACGUCUACGAUGCUAUUGUAUGACAGGGGACAAGUUAGAGAAGACUCUGGAGCAGCAUGAGAACUUUACAGAAGUGGCACGUAGCAGAGACAUAGAGGUAAUGGAUGGGACUCAACUUUUUGUGGAGCUAUCAGGGAAUCUUGUUCCUCUCAAGAAAGCAACGCAACAGAGAAGCUUUACCUUCCAGGCAUUUAAAGAGAACAGACUGGCACUACCCAUUAAGGUGCGAGACAGCAGCCGGGAACCUUGUGGAUCGCUCUCGUUCCUGCGCAAAAUGAUGAAAUAUGAACCAUCCCAGCAAGUCCUUUGCCACUUGAAUGUCACAAUGCCACAGUACACACAGGGCCCAGGCAGCCUGGACAGGAGGAGGACGCUGACACCACUUGCCCUAAGAGAGCGAUACAGUCUUCUGAAUGACAGCACAAAAGGAUCUCUCAGUGGCACAGAGCGUUUUGACAUGAAGAUGGCCGUCAUAUCAGAGCACCUCGGUCUGAGCUGGGCCGAGCUAGCGCGGGAGCUGCAGUUUGAGAUGGACGACAUCAAUCGGAUCAGAGUGGAGAAUCCAAAUUCACUGCUGGAGCAGAGCGCGGCAUUACUACACCUUUGGGCAUCACGGCAAGGCUCCAACGCAAAGUUAGAAGACCUGUACACAGCUCUGCGAAACAUUGACCGCAAUGAGAUUGUCACUAUGUUGGAGGGAUCUGGGCGCCAGAGCAGAAGCCUUAUAGGAGAGCGCCGGUAUACAAACAGUGAUGGAUCCAUUUCCCCCUCUCAGAGGAAUGGAACAGUCCCAUGGGGGUCCUCGCCAGGUAACCCCAUGACGCAGGAUGAGCUGCUUUCCCCGGCCUCUCUCAACUACUCCCUACCCUCUCCAUUGCGACUGGAGCCGUACUGGAGUGAAGCUUCCAUGUUGGAUGGAGUACCUAUGGCAACAGCUGAGCCAGACGGGGUGCUUGAUUUGCCUGACCUUCCUCUCUGGGCCUCAGGCCUGUCCCCGUCCCUCGUGGCUCCUGAAGACUCAUCCCUGGAUUGCAGCAAAGCUGAGGAUGAGUGGGAUGCCCCGCCACGACCUUCUUCGGGCUCCCCUGAUCUGGAGGAGGAGGAUACUGAAGCUGGAGGACCAGAGCGGGUCCAAGCCCGGAUCACUGAGACCCCAACAGCAUGCAGAGUGACAGGUGGUAAAGUAGAGAGGGUACUAGACUGGAGCACGGAUGCCCCCUCACCCUCUUCUCCUCGUCGUUCUCCUCACCAGGACAAUGGUGCCCCCUUGACAUACGAAGAGCUUCACCCAACCUUUAAGGGCACUGCAAGGAUACGAGUCACACAACAGAGCACCAUAUACAGCUCAAGCCGGCUGGGUGGGGGUAAUGAAGUCCCUGACAUUCCUGGGGAGCAAGUGACAGAGGAAGAGUUUACAGAUGAGCAAGGGAACAUAGUAACAAAGAAGACAGUCCGGAAGGUCCUCCGCAGGGUGGGACCUCCAGGGUCCACAGAUUUGGGGGACAAUGAAGACUUGAUCAUUGAAGGGACAUUGCAAGAGCCAGAAGAGCUUGAGAGUGAGACUCCCAAUUACCUGAAGUACGCAGUACUGCAUCGAGAGGCAGAGGACGAGUUUGACUCUUUGAGAUCAGAGGUCGGAGACGGGAGGAAAGGGGCACAGAUUGUGAAAAGAGCCGGCACCAAACGGGUGCAACAGUGAGACCACAAAACUGAGACACCCAAAAUACUGGGAAACACCCAGAACUUCACCUCAAGUACAAGCUACUGAAGCCGGAACCUGACUGCCAUCUACUGCACCCCACAGAAUACCAAUCGGAAUACGGAUUUUCUUUUUCUCUCCUCGCUCAUCUAUUAGCAGACAUCUCCCCUCCCGGAAGAGUCAAUCGCUGAGGGGUCCCUCCCCCGUCCAAAGUCCGAAGCAGACACUCACCCCCCUGUAUGCUCACGGCAUGAAGAUUUGCACCCUGCAUGUUACAAAGUAAUAUGCAUGAGAUGACAUUGGGGAAGAGGACAGAGUUGCCCCCGGCUCCCCUCCCCUUCAUUCUUCCCACCCUUCAAAUUCAUCUGACCCCGCCCCUGUACCCUUUAAACCCCAGCAGGGGGGGCAUUUACGAAAAAAAAGUCUGGGGAAAAAAAAGCGGGCGACCCUUGACCUUUUUUUUUUUGCUCCCUUCUAAACCUAUCCCAGCUGCAAAAUGCUUUGUGUCCCAGAUGUAUAUCCGUACUGAGUAUGUCUAUACACUCUACAGCAGCAUUAAGGGAGCCCCCUACCCCCAAAUCCCCUCCGACCCCCCUCUCAACUGUCUAUUAUAUAUGCCUGUCCGUCGACAAACAGCAAUAGGAGUCUCCCUAGCCUGGAUAUAGUCUUCCAGGCCGCAGGGCACAGCACAAUGUUGACCGGGCAGACAAGGCAAAGGGUUCUGCAUGUUGCAGUUUAUUUUGCGCAAACAUUUUUAUUAGUUUUUUUUUUCUUUGUUUCUCUGAAAAGCGAAAAAGGGCUACACGUUAGAGAUACUCCGUAACGUAACGCAGGGAUGCGUCUUCACCCCCCCAAGAGGGCUACAAAAAAAAUAAAAAUAAGUGUAUCUAGAUACUCAGUACCAUUAUACAGCAGCGCGGCAUGUUGUUCUUUUCAGGUGGCUAUGGCAUUUUUCGGGGCACUCGGCACCAUUAUACAGUGCAGCAUGCUUAUUCUCAAGCUACAGGUAGUGCAUAAGGGUAGUCUGCAUUAUUGUACAGUGCAGUACGUUUAUAUAAAGGGGGAGGGGGGUGAAAGUGUAUAGAUAUAACCAGAUCCUUUACAUCGCAGAGCCGCAUGUUUAUUACCAGGGGGGGGGGGGGGGGGGGGAGGGCGCUAGGAGUGUAUAGAGAUACUCAUUCUCAUAAAGUGCAGCAUGGUCAUUAGAUGCGCCGCAUCUUUCUACAGUGCAGCAUGUUCAUUUACCAGGGGCUGAAAGCGUGUAGAGAUGCUCAGUGUCUUUAUACAAUGCAUUAGGGGUAGGGAGGGGGUGUGCGGGGAUUCAACUGCCCCCCUGACUCAGGAAUGUGGUUCCAGCUUUAGGGGGGGAGGGGAGAAUUCUAUAUAUAUUAAAGGAUUUAAGCAACCCCCCCUCCCCACUACAGUUAUCCCAAGUCCAGACCCUCCAGCCCUGCUCCGGAGAGACAAAGCCCUCACCUUCACAACCUCUCUCCAGCGCUCUUUUUAGAUGCAAUUUCUGAUAUGCAUAAAAAGCUGAUUGUACAAUAACUGCUCAUAUGGGAAUAAAUACUAUGCAAUAUAAUCUUA